UGAAAGGAUGACAGAUCCAGGCUGCCCCCAGAGGCCCACACUAUGUUUCUUAUCAACAUUACUUUCCCAGAAGGUUCCGGAGAAGACUGACGUCGUGCUUCGAUGCAUGAUAGCUGGUCAGCCCAAGCCAGAGGUGACUUGGUAUAAGAAUGGUCAAGCCAUAGAUUCGGGAGGCACUGUGUCCAGUUAUGAGUUCUUUGAAAACCAGUACAUUCAUUUGCUGCAUCUCUCAUGCUGUACGCAGAGCGACGCUGCUGUUUACCAGGUUUCGGCCAGAAACUGCGUGGGGAUGAUCUGCUGUUCCGCAUCCCUUGAGGUCCAGUGUCUUCAGGAUCCACAGGUCUCUCCUGAUCCAGGAGGCGGCAGAGACGUGCCUGGCGAGCGUGAGACAGGAAUAUGUGAAGAUGACAGCAUAAACCACACAGACCAGAAUCCUUGUAAGAAAGAAGAAAGUCCGGCUCCAGGGACUUGUGUGUCAACUGAUUCCUCGCCCGACAAAUUUAACCAUUUGAGUUCACUCCAGAUAGUGCCCAGUAGCGACUCUGGUGCUUCCAAUUCUGAGAAUCCCCAAUAUGUUAAAGAGACAAGACAAAGGACAGAGCCUUACAAUUCAAAUGACACGCAAGAAAAUUUCUUUAAUUCAAAUAACACUAUUGAAAAGCAAGAUGUAUCCCAGCUCAGGACAGAACAUGUCACUGUGCCAGGGUUAAUUAGCGAUGGCCUAGGACACGAAGAAUCUAAUGAGAGUGUCACCCCUAGUCAUCAAACCCCCAAAGUACAAAAAUACAUAAGUUUCAGUCUUCCGCUGCCGGAGACAACCCUGAGUCCUUACCCAGGUGACAGCAACUCCACCAACAUGCAGCCGGGACCCCAGGUUUCCAGCGAAGACUCUGACAGUGACUAUGAACUUUGCCCAGAGAUAACCCUAACCUACACGGAGGAGUUUUCGGAUGAUGACUUGGAGUAUCUGGAAUGUUCCGAUGUUAUGACGGAUUACUCUAAUGCGGUUUGGCAAAGGACCCUGCAGGGAACUGACCGAGUUUUUUUAUUAGAAAGCGAUGACGAAGAGAUGGAAUUCAAUGAGUGUGGUCGGAGUGGGUGUGAGCAUUUCUUCAGUGAAAUGGGUUGUGGACCUCAGGUGUCAGGUGGCAUGUGGUCUAUGAAUGUCGCCACUGACUUCUGUAGUUAUAACUCACAACCCCAGGAAGAGGGGGUCAGGAGCAGCGGAACCUCCAGGCAUAGCCCGUUACCCCUGCAUUCUGAAAUGACUUUUCCCCUGGGAUCUCACCAAGAUGGAACAGCUAAGAUGACAGAACCCAGCAGAGCUCUGCUCCCUGCCACUUCCGUGGCUGUUGAAAAUGAUUGUUCAGGAAUUCGGGGAGAAACCAGAGACAACACUGAAGCAGGAGAGGAAUUCUCCAGUGAUAAUCUACAGACCAUGGAUAAGGCAGAGACGGAGGCAUCGGUGAAGCCCUUGUCUAGGGGCUCAGAUAAGUCAGAGGGGAAGCAGGGUUUGGAAAGCCUGGCUGGGGACCUCACAGACGAAAAGUACACAGGCAGCAGGAAGGCAGCCCUGAGACCCACCAGGGUGAGGCGGCCCGGGAUGAAGGCAACUGCCAAGAAGCAGCUGCUAAAAGACACUGCCCCAAAAGGCACUCUUGAUCCCCUCUCCAAGGAACCGACUAGACAACUCUUAAAGGAGAACUAUGGACAAGAGCCCACACGCACGGAAGCGGGAGCUCCUGGCUGGGAUUCCCACCUCCACGCAGAAGUGUGUAUCCCACUUCCUGCAGAGCAAGACUCCAAAAUCCCUCGACCACCAGCAGACCCACUUUCAAAGGCAGAGGACAGCAGCUUCGAGGGAGGUGAGGCACUGCUUAGUAAAUUAUUUGAAGCAAGCCAGAUUCCAGACCAGACUGACCAUCUUCAGAUGCAAAUUCAGGAAACCAUUGGGGAGAGGAGUAAUCACCACCAGAUGCCAGCCCUUUCCACAGCCACAACACAUUUUGCCUCCAACUUGAGUGAGAUCAACAGGGAAAAUUCCUCAUUGGCCCAAUACCUGGGGCUGGAAAGCUGUCUUCAACGCCCCCAGCAGGAAGCAGGACAGAACAGAGAAGAAGACAUGUCCGGUGCUCUCUGGGCUGAAUCAGCAGCACAUGAACUGAGUCCCCUAGAAGACAAUGGGGAAGAAGUGUCCCAGGCUCCAGCCUCAGUGGCUCUCCCUCAGGGUGAUGAUGUCCACUGCAGGGAGCCAGAGGCUCUCUCUGAUGCUUUCUCUCAGCCCGCUGUUCCCUCCCUCCCCUUGGAAAAUGUGGGCAGUGGGUCAAGGGUCAGAGAAGCUGCAUGUGGGAUGGGGUGUUUGGAAGCUGGUGACCAAGAAACAUGUUAUGCUACCAUGGAUCUCCCUGUUGGAGCACCAGCUGAUAAAUAUUUGCCUCAAGAAAUUUGCCCCGAGAACUUGGAGCUGACGGAAGGUCAAAGCGAAGAAGUAUGUGAUUUAUGUUCUCCUGACAAGAUACUGGCUGUUCUACAAACACAAGGUUCUGAGUCUCCACAGUCCACACACAAGCGCAGUCAGCCUGGCGAGUCAGCCGAGGGCCCUCUUUUUAACAGUACCUUCACCUGGAACACGGCACAAGAGGCCAGCGAAGAUGCUGUGGGGGAGACAGCAGCUGAUGUGGGGAAUUCUCUCUCCAUCUUCUCUUCUACACUACCCUACCAUGAAAGGGGGCUUGGGGAGACUCAGCCCCUUUGUUCUGAGACUACCUCCUUUGUAAACGGUAAUGAGGGAGGCUAUGGAAGUUCCAAUCUCAGCAUCCCGAUUGCCACAGACACGAUUGCCAGCUACAGUUCAAUCAGGGCGUGCUCAAAAGAGCAGUCAGCGGAAUCAACUGCUAACGUGGACUGUCACCAAGUGACCAGGGAGACUGAGGGUGUAUUAACUGAUGUCACUCAAGUCCACGACAUCAAAUGCCACUCCAUUUCUGUUCCCCGGGACAGCGACUUUGAUGUUGGUGCUGACCAGGUCUCAUGUGACGCACGAGAUGAAGCUAAGUCCCAAUGUCUUCAUUCAUUAAGUAGCUCCACAGGGGAAGCAAGUGGGGAGACUCUUGUCCCAGCACCCAGAAAUGCAGGAGCUCAUGGUCACUUCUCACUACUUGAGGGACAGGGUUUGUGUAGCAGGUCUCUUCAGAUUGAUAAUCAGCCUGGGUGUCAGAGCCAGGCUGUGGAGGGAGCGCGCAGCGGAGGUCUUGAAGAGGACUUCCAAGAAAAGGGAAGUGGGACAAAGCACUGCAUCCGGCCACAGAGCACAUCCCACGGGGGUUCUCCUUCUGCAAAUGAUUUCCAAGAAACUUUGCCCUCCAUACCUGCCAUGCAGCAGGAGGCCAAUGUGCAACCUUUGGAGCACUCCCUAGCAGAUUCCAGGGAAGAAAUUGAGUGUAGCUCAGACCCGAGGACCAGUGUCUUGGGGGUGGCUGAGAAGACUGUGGGAGAUGACAGUCACUUGGUCAGCAGUGUCCCAGCUCUCCCUGACAUCCUCCUUGGAGAGAAAGAUGACGUUGGCCUAGAAGGUUGGCCUGUGGGCAGCAAAGUGAAGAUCAUAACUCUAGAAGCUCCCGUCUUCGAAAUCUGGCCACCGGAACUAGUGACACAUUCUGGGUACAAGGAGGCAGAAGUUGGUCUCGUAGCUCCUGGUAGGAGCUGGGCUCUGUCUGACAUCCUCAGAGCGGGUGCCACCAGGCCUGAGUCAGGUGCUUUGGGAGUAGUAACAUGGGUUCCCAGCCCCCAAGCCGAUGCUCUCGGGGGCCUUGGAGCUAACAGGGACACCCGUGUAGGUACUACACCAGACAGACAAGCAUAUUGCACCAAUCUGUCUUCCCAGUGUCUGGGCCAACCCCGACUCCUGGAGUCAUCUGUAGACCCUGUGGAGGAAAGAGAGUUAGAUGUCAUGGACUCUCCAUUAGAGGUUCCCAAAACAGAAGAGACAGAAAUGCCUGAGACAAUGAAUGAGGAACAGGAGGAAACCCAGCAGACACUGAGUCACCCCGCCUUUGUUAACCUGUCUAUGAACUCCCCUAGGAUUCUGGAAUCCUCUGUGGACCCCAUUGAUGAUGACAGGGGUGAGAUGGAGGGUAUUUGGCCUGAGAAGCCAGAGACCUCUGACUCCAACAAAGAAGGAGAUGAAUCCAUUGCUGGAAACAUGUGUCAGAAGGUAGACAUCCAACCUGCUAACCUACAGAUCCCACAUCCCCAGGACAGCGGGGAAAUCAUUCCAAACGAACACACAACCAACCAAAAUCAUGUAGACGGAGAGCGGGUAGAUGCCAAAGCCAGUCAGCAUAAUGAAGCAGAAGCAGAAGCAGAAGCAAACGCUGCCAUUUGGCAAGCCCACGGUCCUGGUGAAGAGAGACAAGGAAUUCCAAGCGUAUACCUCAUGAGUCAAACACAAGAUGGUGGCGACAGAAGCCUAGGAGAGGCUGGGCAAAGGGGAAAGGAUGAGACUGAGGUCAUUUCUCCUGUGUCUCCUCUUUCUAGCUGUCUCACAGGAAUGACGAGUACAUCUGUCAAGGCUGAUACCCACAACUCCACAGGCCACAGUUACGGCAGAUCUGAGCCCAGAACCCACCAAAGUGUAAUUCCUAUGAAGAAGAAAAAGGGAACUUUCGAAAACAAGUGUAGGAAACAUGUGUCCUCUUCAGACGAUCUCACAGACACAUCUUGUACUUCAUCUCCCAAAGGAAAUGUCACACGCUUGUCAACAAGCCGUGACAUGGAGGAACUGAAAUCAGGGGAGCUUCAAAUUGCAGAAACCAAACCCCUCAACUCCUCUGCCUCCCCAACAAUGACCUCGGCUCUCAUUUCAGGACAAUGUGAGUCAGAGAAAGACCCCGAGAGCUCGUUCCUUAGGGACCCAUGUCCAAAGGGCUCUGCCCUGGAGAGCGGGAAGAAGUCCAGAGAGGAACAGCGGAGGCCUGUGGUGUCCCAGAUCCCCAAGGCACCUGGGGACCCAUCAGCACUGGCUGGGUUGGAGGAGGACAAGAGGAAGCAAGAGGCUUCCGGGAGUGGACACUUGACUUCAGGGAUAAAGAAGAAAAUCCUAUCCAGGGUGGCAGCCCUGAGGCUGCGGCUUGAGGAAAAGGAAAACGUGAGGAAGAACGCCAUUGGGAAGAAGACUCCUAAGUUCGAAAGGUCCUUGUCCCGAACCGAUGAGAAAAGAGACCCCAAAAGGCCCCCUUGCAAAGCCGAAGGGAAAGCUCCCGUAUUACUGAAGAAGAUCGAGGCUGAGAUGGCUCCCAAGCACUCUGGAAAUAUAAAGUUGAGCUGCCAGUUUUCAGAAAUUCAUGAAGACUCUACCGUUUGCUGGACGAAAGAUUCAAAGUCGAUAGCCCAGGUCAAGAAAAGCGCAGGGGACAACUCCAGUGUUUCCUUGGCCAUCGUCCAAGCUGGUCAGAAGGACCAGGGCCUCUAUUACUGCUGCAUCAAGAACAGUUAUGGAAAAGUCACUGCUGAGUUUAACCUCACAGCUGAAGUUCUCAAACAGCUUUCAAGUCACACGGAAUACAGAGGAUGUGAAGAGAUUGAAUUCAGCCAGCUUAUCUUCAAAGAAGAUGUUUUCAAUGACAGCUACUUCGGGGACCACCUACGCGGCCAGAUCUCCACCGAGGAGUUUCACUUUGGUGAAGGGGUGCACCGCAAAGCUUUCCGUAGCACGGUGAUGCAGGGCCUCAUGCCCGUCUUCCAGCCCGGCCACGCAUGCGUACUCAAGGUGCACAAUGCUGUCGCCCAUGGGACCAGAAACAAUGACGAACUUGUGCAGAGGAACUAUAAACUCGCUGCCCAGGAAUGCUACGUUCAGAAUACCGCCAGAUACUACGCCAAGAUCUAUGCCGCUGAAGCGCAGCCUCUGGAAGGCUUCGGGGAGGUGCCGGAGAUCAUUCCUAUUUUCCUUAUCCGUCGGCCUGAGAACAACAUCCCUUAUGCCACAGUGGAAGAGGAGCUGAUUGGAGAAUUCGUGAAGUAUUCCAUCCGAGACGGGAAGGAAAUCAACUUCCUCAGACGAGAUUCGGAGGCUGGUCAGAAGUGUUGCACCUUCCAGCACUGGGUAUACCAGAAAACAAGUGGCUGUCUCCUGGUCACGGACAUGCAGGGUGUGGGAAUGAAGUUAACCGACGUUGGCAUAGCAACACUAGCUAGAGGGUACAAAGGAUUUAAGGGCAACUGUUCCAUGACCUUCAUCGAUCAGUUUAGAGCGCUGCACCAGUGUAACAAGUACUGUAAAAUGCUGGGGCUGAAAUCCCUUCAAAACAGCAGCCAGAAGCCCAAGAAAACAAUCCUCGGGAAAGGCAGGGCUCAGACAAACUCCACGCCGGUGAAGGCCCCCGAGUCUGAGACGCCCACAGAAAAGAAAACCUAGCAUCCCUCAUCCCUUCCUCACCAGUGACCACCAGCCAGCAUCUCACAGGCUUGCAAGCAGACAUCUGCAAACACACAGGGCAGGGGACAGGAGCCUGCAGCCUGCAGAGCGCCAGUCCUCUUCAGCUCCUGUCACUGGCUAUCUGCUGAAAUGACUACAGCACGGAUCUGACUGGCCUUGCAGGGAGACUCAGCAGUUGUGUUGAUGGUCUCAAAGACAGCCCACUGUUUGUGUACACAGCCUUUCUACACACACCCCUCCCCACCUCAUCUAUUUGUGUGUCGCACGUGGUUUGUUGACAAGAGUUCCUCACUGCCUUGCGAGGACUGGCCACCGUUGAAAUCCUCCCUGCUUGACUCCUCCCCUCAGGAUGUCUGGACGUUCCUGCAAUCAUGAAUGUUAAGUUAUUGCUAUCAGUGUCUCCCAGGCUAUUGCUGCUGGAGGCGGCUUCCCAGAUGUGAGGCCACUUCCCUGCACUACCCGCACAGCCUGACACAGUGUUCUGAUUCAUUAAAUUCAUA